GACGCAUAUCAAAAUGUCGUUAACAAUCAAUCAAGCAGCGCGAAAGUACAAGUCGGGAGACUUGUCAUGGAGUGACUACCUGGACCAGAUCCUCCCGCGUCUUGCAGGAGAUGGCCACGAAGAAGAUGAAGAGGAGCCUGCGGGCCUUGGCCUGCUCGAGCACAUUGACCCUUUCGCGUCCUACAUUUAUACCUGGAGUAAGGAUAUGGAGUGGUGGCUGGAUCCCACGAUGAUCAAGGCAUUGUUCGAGAAUUAUCGCAACGGAGCAGACAAGGAUGAAAUCAAGGACCAACUGAGCAAGAUAAGCAAGGAACGGGAUCAAGGUUGGGCUCGAAUGUGUCUUGCGCAGUUGGCGCUCGAAGACCGCAAAGCGAAUACAUUGAAAUGGCUGCUGGACGAGGGUGGAUUCGGGUACUCGCAUGAGUUCGAGCACGAAGCGAACACAGUAGAUGAGGGCAAAGAUCCAGAGACCUUCAAAGUGCUUGAAGAGUCAAAGUUCCGUGAGCAGUGGCCGCGACGAACUCCGACGCCCGCAAACCUUCGUGAUCCGGACUUUGUGUAUGACGAAGAGAAUGAGUUGUUUGAUGAUGAUGGAGAUGAGGGCGAUGAUGAUCCUACCGCGAACAUCGAUAGUACUCACCCGCUGUGGUGAUGCUCGAAUGUGUUUGUAUCACGGAAUAAAUGAGAAAUUUACGCGCACU